AUAUAGAAAAGAAAGAUGUUGCAAUCUCCAUCAUAUUUAUCAAAGAGUUUUGUUUUCAAUAAUCACCAACAGCAACGACGAACAAUUAAAAAAAGUUUAUCACACUCGGUAUUACCAAAUGUUGAGAUUAUAGCACCAAUGGAAUUGACUGCGAAACUUGACAACAGAAGACACUCCGCUGGUUUUUUGAAAAACAUUAAUUCAAGUUAUGCUGGUUACAAUAGCAAUGAAGGGGAUAAUAUUAAAGUUUACGUAAGAAUACGACCACCUCACCAGCAGAUUUUGGAAGGAAAUGUGGAUAACAGUAUUUGUUUGGAAGUUACAUCUCCUGAAUCACUCACUAUUGCUACAAAACCAGAACCUAAACAAUUCAGUUACGAUCAUGUGGCUCAUAUGGAGACAACACAGGAGGAAGUAUUUGCAACUGUUGGCAAGGGUAUCAUUGAGGCUUUUGUGAACGGAUUUAAUGGAACAAUAUUUGCUUAUGGUCAAACUGGUUCUGGAAAAACAUUUACUAUGCUUGGCCCUGCUGAUGAUACUGAUAAUUUUACGCAUGAGCUACGAGGCGUUAUACCAAGGGGUUUUGAAUAUCUCUUUAGCCUGAUAAAUCGCCAGCAAGAAAAGGCUGGAGAUCGUGUUGAGUUCUUAGCGAGAUGUUCUUUUCUUGAAAUAUACAAUGAACAAGUUUUUGAUCUUUUGGAACCUUCCACAGCAAGCCUACAUUUACGAGAAAAUAUAAAGAAGGGUGUUUUUGUGGAAGGUUUAGCAGAAAGGGACGUUUCUUCAGCAAAGGAUGCUUAUUCAGUUUUACAAGCUGGCUGGUUGAACCGUCGCGUUGCAUCAACCUCAAUGAAUAGAGAAAGUAGUCGUAGUCAUGCUGUGUUCACAGUGUCUUUAGAGUCUAAGAAACGUACUGGUGGAAUGGCAAAUAUAAAAGUAUCAAAGCUACAUCUUGUUGAUCUGGCUGGUUCAGAGAGACAGAAAGAUACACAUACUCAAGAUGUCCGAUUAAAAGAAGCUGGUAGUAUAAAUAAGUCAUUGUCUGCACUCGGAAAUGUUAUUAUGGCUUUAGUUGAUAUUGCUCAUGGUAAAACCAGACAUAUUCAUUACAGAGAUUCCAAAUUAACAUUUAUUUUAAGGGAUUCACUUGGUGGAAAUGCAAAGACAUACAUUAUCGCAAAUGUUCAUCCCUCUUCAAGGUGUUUUGGCGAAACUUUGUCAACCCUAAAUUUUGCAAGACGUGCAAAAAUGAUAAAAAACAAAGCAGUCGUCAAUGAAGAUAUCACUGGCAACGUGUCAGAGUUGCAAGCUGAAAUCCGUAAACUCAAAGAACUUCUUGCGCAAAACAAAGUGGAAGUUAUUAAAGAACACAAGACAUCUGAUGUUACAUCUCCAGCACAAAGCAAAAGUAGUAGCCAUGAUGGUAGUCAGUGGAAAGAAUUAAUGAUUAACGCGAUUGCUGCACAUGACCAAGCAGAGGAGGAGAAAAUGGCUUUACAGGAAAAAGUAGUGAAACUGGAAGAACUAUGUGGCAAGAAAGAGAAAUUUUUACAGUCUACUAGAAUGAUCCUGAAGUUUCGUACAGAACAUAUCGUCAAAUUGGAAGGAAUGUUGAAAAAGGAACUGGGACCCCAAGAAGAGGAUUCAAAAGAUAAGGAAAUAAAAUUGUUAAAAGAAGAAAUCAAAGUUUUACAGUCAAGUAUAGACCAUCAUCCAGAGGUGAAAAGAUUUGCAAUGGAAAAUUUAGAAUUAAGAGCGGAGAUUAAACGAUUAAAAGCACUUGACCCUUCCAAUGGUGAUUUCACUAAGACAAUGGCUGAGAAACAUCGUUACACUCUUCAACUUGAGCGACAAUUGCAUGAACUGAUGACUUCACAAUCGAACGACUUAGAAAAAAGUUUAUCAAGUUCUCAGCAAAGUCUUGAAGCUUCAAAUGCUGAGAUUGAAAAAAUUAAAAUUGAACUAGCCCAAGUGCAAGCAAAAUUGGAUAUUUCACAGAAUGAAGUGAAACAGUGUAGAAAAAGUUUGCAAGAAGCGUCUGAAGAAACUAUUAGUAUGAGAGAAAAUUCACGCAAGAAGGAAUUAGAAUUGCAAUCAGAUUUAGCAGCCAUUAGAAAAUGUAAUAAUGAAUUGGAGCGUGCAUUAGAAGCAUUGCAACUAAAAACAGCUGUUGAGCGAACAGCCAUGAAUAGCUUGCACAUACAAACAAUUAAGACACUUUCAUCACCUCGUAAAUUUGGUACUCCAAAAUCGACACCACGAAAAAACGAAAGUAUUCUUAGCUCAAAACAGUCUACUCCUAUCAACAAAUGCAAUUUAAAUGGAAGUGUUGACAAAAAUAAACAUGCCAAAGAAAAUGAUAAAAACAAAUCUCUAAAUGAGGAAUAUGUGAAUGACCCUAAUCGACGUCUGGAAGAUGAGCCACCUCCCAAAAUAAUGCAGCGUAAAGACAGCCUAAAUGACGUGAGUGAUGAUGAAGAUGAUGUAAAUCCGUUUUGGGAUUUCACAAAUGAAACCAGGGAUGAUGAAGUUAUUUACAUUGAGGCACUGCAAGAUGAAAUUAAACAGCUCCAGGACUUGUACAGUCAGUCGAUCCAAACAUUACAUGAUGAACAACGAAAGAAAAUACCUUUAACCGAAAUGAUAGCGAAACUUGAUCACAAAGUUAAAGACUUAGAACAACUGCUUAUAAGUGAACGUCAAAAUUGGUCCAUCAAAGAAUCUGAGUUAACCACACAGUUAACAACAUUAAGAGAUAAAUAUAAGGAAACUCAGGGCAGUGCUACGAUCUUAAAAAGCGAAGUUGACGAUUUGCGUAUCCUUCUGACGUCAGCUGAUAAACAGCUAGAUUUACUGAAAAAGGAGAAGAAAGAAGAAAUUAUUGAAGCCGGUAGAAAAUAUGCUGCUAUUGAAAGCAAAUAUGUGAAAUUGGAAAUUGACUUUUUCAACCUCCAAACAGAAAUGGAUACAACUGCUGAAUCUAAUAAUAAUUUACAGUCUGAUUUUGAACAAUGUAAAGAAGAGCUGGAAUUUUCACAGCACAAGAAUUGUGAAUUAGAAGAAAUUGUUGCUAUAGAACGAAAGAAAGUCAAAGAAGGCGAAGAAAAAUUACAAAUUGCACUAGAAAAGUUAAACUAUGAAUUGGAAACAAAAAUUAAAUUAACGCAAGAAGAUAAACAAGAGGAACUAAUAAAGUCAAUGGAAACUAUUAAUAGUCUACGCGAAGAACUGAGUUUCCUGACAAGAAAAGCUGAAGAACAGGAUGAGAAAAUUAUCAAGCUGUCAAGCGAUUUAGACCGGUCUCGUUCUGAGGUGGCCACACAGAAAUGGGUGAACAUAACAGAUAAAGAAGCUAUCAAUAAAUUUAUGAAAGGUGCACAAGAGUUAAGAGAUGUUAUUUUAAAGAAAGACGGAAUUAUAUCAUCCUUACAAUCGGAGUUAGAAGAUUUGAAACAGCAACAACAGAGUUUGCAAGAGGCUUAUGAUGAAAAGAAAAAGAAGAUACAGAAAUUGAACGAGGCGUUAAAAGUUGAAAGUGAUAAACUUGUCAAAGAAAAAGAAGACAGAGAAAAAGAGGUGAUAACAUUGCAAGAUGAAAUACAAAUACUUCAAGAUCAGUGCAGAGAAGUAACUCUGACACUUCAAGAAGAGAGACAGCAGCUGCAAGUUCUGCAAAGUGAACACCUCGAACUAAAAGUGACGUUAGCUCAAAAGAUCAGCACGAUCACUGGCCUUGAAGACAAGCUUACUGAGGGAAACAUCAAUACUUCUUCAGUCUUCGUUGGACAGGAAAAACAUAUGGAGGCGAAAGCACAACUGGUGGAAUUAGCUCGCCUGUCCGAACAUUGGGAAUCAUCUAAAUUAAAUGACAAAACAAAUUUGGAAGAAAUGAAACGUCGCUGCAGUGAAUUUGAGAUAAUCGAGUCAGGUAAAGAAAUGCUGGAGGGUCGAGUCGAAAUGUUGGAAUUGGAACUUGAGGAUAUAGAAAGUGAACGUAAAGAGUGGUUGGAAAGGGAAGCAGUCUUACAAAAGGAAGUUGCAACAUACAAGAAAGCAAAAGAGCGGUCUGAAGUAGCAUUAAAAGAAGUAACAGAAAAAAAACAACUAGCUGAGAACGCAACAUUAGAAUCUCGGCAACAACUUGCUGCACUUGAGAUGAAUCUUUGUAACGUCCAAGACGAUUUGGAAGCUAACCUAGAAGAACUAGAGAAGGUGGAAACAUUUAGUAUUUGUUUAUGUAAAGAAACAUUUUUCACUCGCCAAAUGACAAAACGUCGGAAACUUAAAAGGAUUAAGUGACAUUAGGAAUACUUUAGAAGGCUAUGAUCACCUAUCGAUCAACUAUCAAUUUUCCCAGUUCGCAUGCUAACGUAUAAAAUAUUUCGGUCAUCAGCUGCUUAUAAUAAUGAAAUAGUAUUUGUAUUUCAUGGGAAAAAGAAGAAAACGAAAGAAGCUAAAUAUUGACACCAAGAAAUGGUUAUUUUUAUGACUACAUAUAUCUUUUCAAAGAACAUUUUUUCUGUUAAAAGUAUUUUAGCUGAUUGAUAUAAGUCGUCUUGUGCAUACAAUGAGAUCAUGCUAGCCGGGAGACCUGGCGUCGCACGCUGGGGAAAAAAUAAAAGUUUGCGAUUGUUUUCUAAUGUAGGGAAGUUGAUAAUAAAACAAAGGACGUAGCAAAACAAACAUGAAAUAAUACUACUGGUUGUUGCUACUUAUUAGAUAAUUUCUUACCAUACGACUUUCCGUAUUAGCUGUGAUGUGCAGGGUUAUCAGUUUUUAACAAAUUUUUGAAAACAUUUUUUUUUUGAAUAUGCUUUUUUGUUUGUUUUGUUUUUCUCCCCGUAGAGGGUGUAUGAGGGCUAAGUGCACGUGUUUGCAUAAUUUAGACUCGUUAAAACGACUGUUCUAGUUGUUCGUCAAAUUACAUCAAAGAAAGUUGUCCUGAAUUUAAAAUUUAAGGCCCGAAAAGAAGAAUGUGAAAAUGUCAAUAAAAAGCAUUUUAUAUCAAGUCAUAAGUAGAAUAACUAAAGGAUUCUACCGUAUACAGUGUAAAUAUAUGAGAGCCGUACUAAAAAAGCUCAAAAAUACUGACAAAUAUAUCAUUACGCUUUGUCUUAGCUAAGCAGAGCUAGGUAGUCCUAAAUUGACCUGUUGUUGUGGACCAACAAAUCUUUUUAGCUAUCAUAAAAAACAAAGAAUAAAACUAACAAUGCAAAAAUGAACAAAAAUAUACAAAGCUAUAGUAAUAACAUAGUUAAUUAUUCAACUUCUGAAAUAUGCUGAUUUUUCACAAAAAGGUAAAGACACAACUAGCAAAGAACAACUACUUAAAGUAAAUGUCCGCUAAAUAAAAUCACAUAGCUGAUAAAAAAAACAAUAUACGUAGAAAACUUGAUAAUGUUGUGUCCAUCAUUAGGUCCAUAGUUUCGUGUGAUGUAUUUUACAUGGCUUUAUGUGGAUUUUAAUGAAUUAAAUUUCCACGGUAUUUUAUAAGGGGGAACAAUAGAAUUGCAAUUACUUCUAUCAACAAUCUUAUUUUAACUUGAUACUUACAAUAUGCAUAGAAAACAAGGAACCGAAAAUCACUGAACCUUAUUUAUGAGGCUUAAUGUGAUAUUAUGUGGUUUACUCUUUUCUGAUAACUGUUUCUAAAUGACAUCCACACGAUCUCUCUUAAAAGAUGAAAUGUGUAACUUUUUUAAUAGCAAGAACCUAAAAUUAUAUAAUUUUACAAAAGGAAAUAAUGCUAUAUGUUCAUUUAUGUGGUUUAUAAUGCAAAAACAAUCCUUAGCUUUCACACUUUCGAUUAAAUUCUAGUUUGCUUUGAGAUAAAAGGCUUGAGUUUUGAACUAUACUUUAAAAGAAAUUUCAAAGAAAAAAUAAGUAAGUAAGUAACGGGAAGUUUUGACGUCCUUGGGGAUUACAUCCUAACUGUUGCCUCUUCCUCCCCUUCGACUGUAACUAUGUUACAUUACUGCCAGAGGUACGUAUAGCAUUGCUCUAACUUGCUUGCCUGCCACACAAGCCGGUUAGUGGUCAGUAGAUGGCACCAAAUGGGGUGACAACACUGCAUUUAAAGUGCGCUGGAGUGGGUACUCGAACCUGAAACCUUAUGAUUACAAGUCGAAUGCGCUACCACCUCCGCUAAAUUACGGCUACAAGGUUUGUGUGAUUAUUUGUGGUUUACAUUGUAAGGAUUUUGCAACCAAGUUCAAAAAAUGCAUCUAGCAGCAAUGAAUGAACUGAAAACUGUAUUUAUACAACUAACAGAUGUAAGUCUAGUUUCUUCAAUAUUAUCAACAAUGUUAAUUAUAAUCUUGUUUAAGAAAGAGGUGCUUGGCCCUAUUGCCUUUGCUCGGACAAAGGAAUACAGCCCAUUAUCCAUUAAACACAAACACGUGGGAAAAUUAUAAAGAUUCUACCUCGAAUUACAGGUUAAAAAAUGGAUACAAACAUAUCCGGAAAACUGGGGUGUGAACAUAUUCAGAAAACACAGAAUAUGUUAACAAAACAUGUAAACUACUAAUGUUUAUUUUUAUAGCUUCAUGUGAAAGUUGAUUGCUUCAUGAAGUUUGUCAAUUCCUUCUAGAAGAAGACAAGUACAAUGGGAUUAUCUUUGUAGUAAAUGAAUAGAUGAAAACUUUUCUUGUUUAGUAUAGAUGGUAUCCACUAAAAUGCUCUUAAUGUUGUAAAUGUUAUAAAUACCAACCAGCAGGUAGUGUAAAUACACAUUUGCGAUGGUGCAUUUAUGAUAUCAGCAAAAGUAAAAUAAAUAUAAUUUUAAGUAGGCAUUGUACUGCAGUUAAAAUCACAAGAACAUAAUUUUAUUCAUACUGACAUAACUUCCAUUCUCAACUGAUUUUGGUCAUGAAAGUGAGUACACUCCUCAUACUGUUUCAUCUGCGAAAAUGCAGUCACAUCUUUGCACAUAAAACAAACAGUCAUGAAACAAGCCUAUGUAAACUACAAAAGUUAGUUGUUUUUUUGGUACAUUCCAAUGCUAAGCCUAUGUAAAUAUUAUGUAUGCCACAUAUUAUCAAACCAGUAACUCAUUUUUGGAGAUCUUGCUAAAGUAUCACAAAAUUUGUAGUUUGUAGUAUCCAGUUAAUUUUUAUUUCGCCUGACUGACAUGAAAAUCCCCUUACUUUCCCAUGCAAAGUAUACUUAUAACUUAAAGACAAUUAGGCUGAGAACGGCUGGAAAAUAAGACCAAAAUAAGAACAUGGAACAGGCUGAAAUUUUACCGAUAUUUUAUUCUAAAAAACACGCACACUCAAAAAUAUCCCUAAGGCAAAAAUCUCACAGAAUCAAUUGUUCGAAACGUGUAUAUACUUAGAUAUUGCAUUGCAAAUAUUUGUAAUGUACGUACUGCAAAAUAAAUAAAGAAUGCUCAAAAUUCAGGCUGAACAUGUGAAGAAAACACCAAGCUAAGCCAAAAAUAUCCAUGGUUCUGGAUCAGAAAAGUGAUAUCAAGCUUUGAUGCAGUACUAAUAACAUUUUUAUAAGAACAACAUUUUCUGGGUAUACUCGUAUUGUUAAAAUUUUAACAACAGAAUUCCUUUUAAAAAUUUACUAAAUUCUUCCACAUUUCUUUUUUUUUUUAACCCAACUCGACUUUUUGAACUUCCUAACUUUCCGGGUGUCACAUCGUUCACCAUUCAAUAUUUCAAUCCAAUUCAAUGUCCAUUUAUAACUGUUUAUGUGUCAGUAUAGCAUGUUUGUGUAGCUCGAUUAACUUAUCACUGAUCAAAAAUGGAUCUUUUAGGACAAUACUUGAGUCCAAAAAAUUAAAAAAUUCAAUAGCUAUGUAUGGCGUAUUUUGAUAUUACCUAAGUAACUUCCGGAUAGUCAAUAUUUUCAUUUCUACCUGCCAUAUUCAAUUCGUAUAAAGUGUGUUGUGAAAUUUUUGGUAAUUAAUUGGCAGUGUAUAUUUUAGUCUUCUUAUGUAAAUACAGUUGUGUUCAGAGCUUACAAUCACUUGAAUGUGGUUCAAGUACUAGCAAGUCAAAACUGAUAGUUGUGACAAAAAAAGUUAUGACUCAUUUAAAAAUAAACGCUGCCCAUUGCAAUCCAAUCAUUUCGAAUGGAAAUAAGAUAGUAGGUAGCUAAAGCUGUUUUGAUAUUACUUAACUUAUAAAUGAAAAGCAAACAGUUUUCAAAGACCGCCAUUUUUGCGUUAAAAAAAUGUGGGAUAAUACACCGAGCACAAUUUAAACGGACACUUUAUCAACACUGAAAAUCAAUAGUUUAAUUUUGACUUUAAACUUUCGCUAGCGAUCGUCCUUCACUCAAAGGUUAUUACUAAAGUAAACCUAUAUCUAUAAAGGAUUGGUAUUCUGUUCGUAAUGGAUAAAUGGGUAAAUCUCCGAUUUUUGAAAAACAUUUCCAAUAUCUCCUCGACUUCGGUUAAUUUCGGCGAAAUGUUCACGAAACAAAUAACGAACUUUUCUGCAAUCGAUAUAAGAAAGCGCAUGCACAAUAGGCUUCAUUUUUUGUUCUCUUUCAAAUGAGAUUGAUUGUGUACAAAAAUCAACCUCGUCCCCAGGGACUUUUGCCCUUUUGACAUUGAGGCCGGCGGCGAAAAACGUUCUGUUAUGCAAUUGGUUUACAUCCAACUUAGAUAAUUUAAUCACGCGUCAUUGUAUAUGCAACGAUUUACUAUAAAGAUGGCGGAUUUUGUUACAAAAACAUUGAAACACAAGAGGAUUCCUGACUAUGAGAAAUGUUCAAGAAGAUUGACAAAAAAAGCUGUGAGCCAACAGUAAAUAUUUUUAUGAAAGAUGUUAUUUUCGCAGAUUUCAGUUGUAUAGCUAGCUAGCAGACACAUCACACUUUGCAAAAUUUUUAAACCAAAUUUUUAAAUUUAAAAUUUUUUAAACCGAAACUUAGUUCUAAAAACAACACAAAAAUGAUUUACAGCUGAAAUGAAAUUAUCCACAGGACAUAUUUUGUUAAAGAUCCUCAAAAAGUACGAACCAAAGAAAAAGUUUAUGUAACUAGCUAUAUAACACGUUUAAGUAAUAAGUAGAUUACUCUCUAACCUCUUGGGUAAGACAUUAGAUUGGGGAGGCCUAACUUGACCACAAGUUUCACACGUGGUUGUUUUUAUAAUCUAUAAUUAUUUUACCAGCAGAAUUCGGGAAAUGUGAACCAGACCUUAACCUUUCAGAUCAUGUUCAUCAGUAGUGAAUUUGUCAUGCUAAAUAUUGCUGUUUAAACGCAGUAUAUAUUGCUUCUGGGAAAACUAUCGCCAUAGUUCAACUUGGAAAGUUGAUAGCUGAGAGAAGGGAGGAGAUCGUAGUGUAGAUAUAAGGACUGAAGGUUGCUAAGCAAGAUGCUUAAUUUUUCACUCAGUUUUAAACCUAGUCUUAUCAACUGGGUUGCUUAUAAAAAAUAUUCAGCCAACAUAUAUAAGACGUUUAAAAUAUAUUUUAUACUUAGCUAGCUAUCUAAGAUAGCUUCGGUUUUGUUUCCUUAUUUAAUAUAUAAUAACUAGCUAGAUGCUACAAUCUAAGACUUAACUUUUUCCCAAAGAGGUGCUAGACUUGUAAAAUAUGAAAGCUAGCCAGCUAAAUGGGGCCUAAGUUGUCUUCUAUUGGUAUACCCCAACAAAUCAGCUUUAUCUAAUCACACGUUACCACGUUAUAUCGCUAAAUAAUGCUUCUUAAAUAUUUCAUCACUAUAAAAUAUAGUUUCAGGGUGAACACAUAAUAAAUUGGUUUGGAAUAAAACUAAAUACAAGCGUUAAAAAACAUAAGCAACCAAAAGACAUCUUCUUAGCCAUGUGAAAAACGAGGACUCGAUCAAGUUGCUUUUACUAGCCGCAGAAAUUGUAACAGCGAGACAACUCAAUAAUUAUUUAUAGUAACCAAUAUACUGGUUAUGAAAAGCAGCCUGUACCAGCGUCUUGUUUAGCGAUCAAGUAAGCGCUAGCGGCUUUGACAUAACCCUGGGGACAUGGAUGGUAAAAAAUAGCAAUUUUGGUUAUCUUAAAAAUUCUAAUACGGAACAUUUUUCUUUUUCUAGCCGCUUCUCGAUGAAAAGAGGAAAAUAUCGCAGUAAUAGUUAAAAAAACAAUGUGACGAAGUUGUACCGCUUGUUGAGCAUGCGUAUUCUCGUACCUUCACGGCCUUCUUUCUUCUCCUCCUGUGUUCCCCUUCUUCUGUACAUACUUUAUAGAUGCCUCCUGACCCUUAAAGUUACAGCUUACGCUACAAAGGAUUAAUCAUUUGCAGCUUAAGUUGUAGCUAACUACUUAAUGUAUUACUGUAUCGGCCCUUCGCUAACUAAAUCCUAGUCCCUUUUUAUGACAACACUCAUCAAUGUUAUUUCUUAAUUGUCUAUUAUCGAAAUCUCAAAGAUAAACACUUAUAAGCCUCCUUCCAGAAAAAUGACGUAUUGCAAAGUUGCCAUGGAUACGUGAUUUUAAUGAAACUUAUUCCGGUUGUAGUUUGAGGAAUGAAGCUAAAAUUGACUUUUUCUUACAGAACAAAAGAGCUGGAGGAAAAAUACUUUGAAGAGAAAA